AUGUAGAAUCAAAUAGUUCAUGAGAGUAUUUCAGAAAUGAAGAAAUAUGCGAAAGCGUUACAAGGAAACAAAAAUUAUGUUGCCAAAAAGACUGCUGAAGACCCAGACUACUUUACAAAACUUGCUUAAGGACAAAAUCCAAAAUAUUUAUUGAUUGGUUGCUCAGAUUCAAGAGCUCCACCUAAUGAAAUUACAGAAACAGAUCCUGGAGAGAUUUUUAUUCAUCGUAAUAUUGCUAAUGUAGUUGUUCCUACUGAUUUAAAUGUAUUUAUAUUAUUAAGAAUUUCUUAGAUUAAUUGUGUAAUCCAAUAUGCCAUCGAACAUUUAAAGGUUCAUAAUAUUGUAAUUAUGGGACAUACUUUUUGUGGAGGUGUUAAAGCUGCUAUGAAAUAAGAUUCUGUUGGAGGAUUACUUGAUUUAUGGUUGAAUAACUUGAAAUUAGUUUAUGAAAAACAUUAAGAUCUAAUCAAUUAAUUAGAUAAUGAAGAUGAUAGAGUUGCAUGUUUAGCUCAUAUGAAUGUUAGAGAAUAAGUUCUUAAUGUAUGGAAAAAUCCAAUUGUUUAAAAAUCUUGGCAAGAUGGACAUCGUAUGAAUAUAUUAAUUUAUCCUUUUUAGCUGUUAUGGUACAUGGAUGGUUGUUUAGAGUAGAAACUGGUUUUAUUGAAGAAUUAGAAAUAGAAGAAAGCAUACCUAACAAUCUAUCUAAAGUUUUUAAAUUGAAUUUUAAACCUACUCAACAACCACCAAAAUUUAAAUAAUAAAUUGAAGAGAAAGAAGAUGAAAGAGCUAGAUCUCCUUCAAUUAGAAAGAGAUUUUAAAGAAUGCAAAGUAGAUUAGAAACAGAAAUUAAAAGAUUAACUAUCACUCUUUAAGAUACCAAUUAAGAAGUUGAAAAAGAAGUUGUUGAUUAAGUUUCAGAAGUAUUAUAGAAGGAUCUUGAUUUCACAACUGAUGAUAAUUGAG